AUGUCAAAAUUUUCAACAACUCACAAUUUUCAUUUUAUAAUUGAAGCAUAAAAAUAAAAUAUUUUUUCUUCAUUCUUCUAAAUAAUGCAAAAGUCUUCUAAAUUUUAGUACUGUGUAUGGUUUUUUAAGCUGCAAAGUAACUCGCGAAUAGAGACGAAAUAAUUGCCACACAACAGCUCUCGCAACGCGUAAUGUAAAGCAAAAACAAAAGUGAAAGCAAAUUAAUUAAAAUAAAAAUUAGAAAAGUGCAACAAAAAAAUUGUAAAAAUAUUAAAAGCAAUCAGUUCUACUUACAAAAUCCAGCACACACCACCCACAGAUCGCCUACUGGCACGAUAGCACGACAUGCAGGCCCAUCAUGCCAUGCCCGAUUUUAGCUGUCGCAGCACCUGCACGCACAGGGAGUGCCAGCGCCACGCACAUUUGGGCAUCAUUAGCCAAGAGGAACAAUGCAAGUGCUUGGGCGAAGUGAAUGCCUCCUCCAUUUUUCUGGAGAAUGUCUUGGACCUGGCCAACACGCUGGCGCAGAUCAUGAUUAUCUGCGGCAUACACGAAUGCAAGGCGAAGUCCACUGUCGAUGUGGUCACGUACGCCUUUCUGCACUAUGAUCAGGUGUGCUACUGCAUCGAUACGACACCGAAGAAGCGGUUGCGCAAGGAGGAUCUCUUCCAUGAGCUGGGCAAGCGGUGCUUGAUGAAUCGUGUCGAAGCGCAUCUCGCCUAUACGAUUGUCAAGCGUGGCUUCAAAGCUUUCUACUACCAACCGAAUGAUGAGUUGCGUCAGAGUGAUGGGCGUCCGUCUUUCUCUGAGGAAUGUGUUUAUGUGCACGCCGCACGUAAGACAGCCGAGAGUUAUGCACGCUACGAUGGCUUGUCGUGUGAGGAGCAGCGCGGCUUUGAGGCGAAAAUUAAGGUGGCCUACAAGAAGUUCUACGACCGAAUGCUGACGCGUCGCAAUCAACCGGAGGGUGAGGAGUGCAAUUGCUGUUUCUGUGCCAAGAAGCGUGGUCAUCUCAUCUAUGGCAAGCAGCCACCACGCGAGACGCCCAAGAAGAAGGAGCCGCAUCGCUGUCCGUAUUGCUGCCAGAAGAAGAAGAAGAAGCUUAUACAUGCCGGACGUGCCGGUGCGAAGUGUCCGAAAUGCCAUCGUGCAUUACGUUAUUGUGUCUGUCCGAAAUACGAUUUCAAUCUGGAUUGGGUGAAGAGUAUUUGGUUCCGACCCGAUAUGGACUUGUACUAUAAGGAAAACAUAGAAGAGCGUCCAAUAUCAAAGAGUGGUUGCGAACCUGACCCAGAGCCUGAGAUAAAGGGCUGCGAUUCACAGGAGUUUCCAAAGGAAGAGAUGGAAGAAGAGGGUGAAGGCGAAGAAAUGGCAGAGCAUAUGGAACCGGCUGAUCAGCCUGCUGCAGCGGAUGUCGACAUGGUGAUCGAAGAGGAGGAAGAGGGUGAAUAAGGACGACACUGAAAAUAUUUGAAAUAAUAGAAAGACAGUCGGACAUAACACAAUGCUGUAGUGAUGUUAUCUAUAGAGAUAAGAGCGCACCUCAACAUAUGAAUAAUUGCUACUGAGGGAAUAAUAUUUUGGUUAUAUAAAUUUUUAGCUAUGAAUUUUGGCACAUAGUAUUUCUAAAUGUAAUAAAAUGGCAAACAGAA